GCAGGUGUCAGCGAGAAAGAAAAUGGCGAGAGGUUCGAGACAAUGUUGAGUCGGUCUGCACGCGGUGUUCGGUUUUAAGAAUUUCAUUCUACCGGUUUACGAUCAGCGUAAUCCCCGUUGUUUAACGGGCAACGAUCGUUUAUAUUUCAUGUUCUCCGAGCAAACGUGCCGGCAUCGGCAGUUUCGUUGGAGUUUGGUGUGAAAAUCGAUAAACUCGGGUCAAACGUCGAACCUUGCGCGCAGGUUUCCUUGUCGUCUGUUAUUUCUUUCAUCGAGGAUCUUCGGCGUCAAGAUGUCUACGUCCGUGACAGCCAAACUUCAGGAUGACAUGAAUAGUAUACCGUUGGCAGACGAUGAUCCUCAAGUAAUUAUUCCCGAAGAAGAAAUUUUGGAUAACAGCUGUCACAUGUCCGACUCGUUGGGUAGAGGACGCAGCAUGGAUUCCAUCCCAUCUACUUUCACGAACGGGAGCUGUAGUCCCAACAGUUUAGAUCCGGAUAUUAGUCCCGACGAGCAGGAAGAGAAGGCAAGGUUGAUUGCUCAAGUACUCGAACUUCAGAAUACUCUGGAUGACUUGUCACAGAGAGUGGACAGUGUGAAAGAGGAGAACCUGAAACUUAGAAGCGAGAAUCAAGUACUGAGUCAAUACAUCGAGAACUUAAUGUCGGCAUCCAGUGUUUUUCAAUCUACCAGCCCCAACGCCAAAAAAAAGUGAACUCAUUUCCUUAAACUAGAAAAACAAUUUAGAAGAAAAAGGGAUCUUGAAAUAAUGUGAUCUUUGGAUCCUCCAUAAAAAGUAUGUACGCAUUUAUAAUUAUAACUGUCUUAUUUGAGAAAAGAAAGAAGAUAUUGUAGAUAUAAGAAUUUUUAAGACGUCGUUUAAUAUACCGUUCUUAUUUUGGUGAUUUGUGCGUUUCGUCAAUCUGUACAUACUUUUUACGGAGGAGGACAUCAUCAAGGGAAGAUUUGUUUAUUUUCUUUUAGAUUUCCAUUCGUAUCGCGUCGACUUGAAAGUCUGUGGUUCGAAUCAGCGCAUUGCAAACUUAUCGUUUCUUUUUAAUCACCGUAUACGCUUUUCGCUUGCAAACAAACGCGCUUACAAUUCUUACGUAUUGCCAAAGAAUUCCAUGUUGCAUUUAAACAGUUCUUACCGAAGAAUCUCGAAUAUUAAUGAUCUAAAGCCGUUUUACGACAUCGAUCGAUAAGUUGGCCGAUACUCGUGAAACGGAGAAGGGAUUUAUAAUCGUAUAAAAUCAAACGAUAGAUGUAAGACUCGUAGCGAAAUAUUAUUUUUUUUUAGCAUUUUUUCGAAAGUCUGUUUGUUUCUACUAUUUUCAAUUUGAUUCGUCCAAGAUCGAUUGCUAUCAGUGCAUUUGAUAUUUCCAAAUAAGGCGCGAGGGUAACGAGUGUUUGUAGUUACCGUAUUUAAUCAAACACACCGGCGUUUUUUAAUUCAAGCUUUCGCUUAAGAGUUCCGAUAUACUUGUAUGCAAUGUAUGUAGCUGUACAAAAGAGGUAAGAAAUAGUUAUAUAUACAAUUCUAUAUGAAUGCAAGGUGAACCACGUAACUUGGUCGUCUGGAUUAUUUCCGAUGUUAAAUAUUCAUCGAGUAGCAACGUUGCGUAGAAGAAAAUACAAGAAUUACAUAGUAAUCUAAUUAUUAAAGGAAAAUGAAAUUUUAAUUGAACCCCAAAUACCGGGAAUAAUGUGACUCUAAAAAGUAUGCGUUUCAUCCUGCAUAUUAUAUUAUAUAUAAUAUUAUUAUGAUAUACAUAUAUUAAAAUAUAGAUUUACGUUCGUAUGUACGGUGCAAGCAGAGUGUAAAUUUCAAUUGCCGAAAACUUGAUCGACACUUUGCCUGCGGCGUAAUCGAUCAACGAAUAAUGUGGUUAAAAGAAAAGAAAAUGUACUGCAAUUUGAAACUGCAACUCGCGAUGGAGUUUCAGUUGAAGGGCACAAGCAGAAUGCACAAUCCCAAAUUAUUCCGUUGUUGAUUAACACAGUGUUAUAAUAAACAUUAUAUUCUAUUGGAA